UCUGUGAAGUUGAACGAAAACACUGGAGGGCUCAUUUUUGAAUUUUUUUUUACUGUAUUGAUAGAACUUCAUUCGAAACCGAAAGUCUGGCUUCUAGGGGAAGGAAUGUGCAAAGCUGUUCCAUUUGUGGAGCUGAUAGUGGCUCACGGGUCCAUCCUCACCAUCUUGGCCAUUAGCUUUGAACGCUACUACGCUAUCUGUAAACCACUAAAGGCCGGCUACAAGUGUACCAAGAAGAGGGCCCUCAUCAUCAUCUUUCUUGUGUGGGUGGUAUCUAUCCUCGUCACCAGCCCUAUUCUAGCCAUUGCCGAGUACGCGUACGUUGAAUACGUUGACGGUUCACUGGUUCCCGUGUGUCUCACCCAAGCAAACUCCCUCUGGAAAAAAAUAUAUUUUAUUUUCAUAUCUAGUGUCUUUUUCUGGGUGCCCCUGGUUGUACUUCUUAUCAUUUAUGGGAUGAUUACAAACCAGUUAGUUGUGGAUCGCAAUCUUUUCACAUCUGUUGCUGGAAACAAUCAGAUUCUUGCUCGAAAACAGGUGGUCGUGAUGUUAGUGGCAGUAAUAGCCUGUUUCUUUGUUUGUCUUCUGCCCUUCCGUACCUUCACAAUUUGGUCCAUCGUGGCAUCUCCAGAGCAGGUGCAGUCCCUUGGGAUGGAGGGUUACUACGUGCUCCUUUACUUUUGUCGUAUAAUGUUUUAUAUAAACUCUGCUAUAAACCCCAUCCUCUAUAAUGUCAUAUCUUCCAACUUCAGAGAAGGCUUCAUGAGGUACAGCACUUCAGUGAGAUUAUCUUUCUCUGUUCCAGCUACAGCACUUCAGUGA